AUGAAAAGCGCCAUCACAUCCCGCCACCCCGCCGGGAGCGGGCAUCGGCGUGGACGGCCACCACCACCACCACCACCCACGUUGUCGCCGGCUCCGAAACCCCGCGCUGGAGCCCCGGGGGAGGUCGCCAUCAGAUGGAGGAGGUCCCCGUCGUGGCGGAGGCCAUGUGACUGUAGCAUGAGCCAAUGGGGACGGCAAGACCUUUCCAUCGCCGAGUGCAAGUGCCAGGGCGACAGCUCGGUUAUGCAUCGGCGGUCCUUCCCGCGAGACCACCCAGGGCCAAUUGCCCGACUGGGGCAGAGGGAUGUUGGGCACCUCAGGCGUGGAGAGAGGAUGAGGUCCGGGAACACAAACUCUGCGUGGAAGGUCCGGGAAUAUGGCUAUGGCGGUGGGCUAGGUGGAGAGGAGGGAAGCCCAGGGUCUGGAUGGUCGCCGACUAUGAAUGUCGCUGAGGUGCCCGAGGCUCUUGGACUUGUCUGCCGUCAGCACACCGCCGGUUUGCGGUUCAGCUGGGCCGCAUUGUGA